CCCAUCAGCACUGAAGGGUCACUGCUCCAAGAUGUGCUCCAGACAAAGCUCCGGAGGCUGCCGUGGGAUGUCCUCCCAGUCCAGUGGGUGCCACAGCGAGGGCUCCGGUUGCCACGGGAGCGGCUCCUCCAGUUACCAGUCCCAGGGCUCCUCCUGCUGCAGGGGCGGAGGGGGCUCUGGCAAAGUCAUCAUUAGCUCUGGUGGUGGAGGAGGAGGAUCCUGCUGCAGUGGGGGCUCCUCUGGAUAUGGGAUAGGAGGGGGAUACAGUGGUGGCUCUUCAGGAUCAAAGACCAUCAUUGGAGGGGGAAGCAGUGGAGGAUACUCAGGUUAUGGCAUGGGAGGAGGGUGCGGUGGUGGCUCGUCAGGAUCAAAGAGCAUUGUUGUAGGUGGAGGUAGUGGAGGUUCCUCUGGAUGCUGCAGUGGGGGCAGCUAUGGGAUGGGUGGAGGAUACGGUGGAUCUUCAGGAUCAAAGAGCAUCAUUGGAGGGGGAAGCAGUGGAGGUUCCUCUGGGUGCUGCAGUGGGGGCAGCUAUGGGAUGGGUGGAGGAUAUGGUGGAUCUUCAGGAUCAAAGAGCAUCAUUGGAGGGGGAAGCAGUGGAGGUUCCUCUGGGUGCUGCAGUGGGGGCAGCUAUGGGAUGGGUGGAGGAUAUGGUGGAUCUUCAGGAUCAAAGAGCAUCAUUGGAGGGGGAAGCAGUGGAAGUUCCUCUGGGUGCUGCAGUGGAGGAUACUCGGGUUAUGGCAUGGGAGGAGGGUGCGGUGGUGGAUCUUCAGGAUCAAAGAGCAUCGUUAUAGGUGGAAGUAGUGGAGGUUCCUCUGGAUACUGUGGUGGAGGAUCCAGCUAUGGGAUGGGUGGAGGAUAUGGUGGAUCUUCAGGAUCAAAGACCAUCAUUGGAGGUGGAGGUUCCUCUGGGUGCUGCAGUGGGGGCUCCUCUAGCUAUGGGAUGGGUGGAGGAUAUGGUGGAUCUUCAGGAUUGAAGAGCAUCAUUGGAGGGGGAAGCAGUGGAGGUUCCUUUGGAUGCUGCAGUGGAGGAUCUUCAGGAUACGGGAUGGGAGGAGGGUAUGGUGGUGGGUCUUCAGGAGGGAAGAUCAUCAUUGGAGGUGGAGGCAGUGGUGGAUCCUCUGGAUGCUGUGGUGGAGGAUCCAGCUAUGGGAUGGGAGGAGGAUGCAGCAGCGGCUCCUCAGGCCAGACCAUCAUCAUCAGCUCUGGAGGGGGCAGCGGAGGCUCCUCCCAGCAGAAAUGUCCCAUUGUCAUCCCCAGCGUGGUGUCCCACCAGAGCAAGCAGAGCUCCUACUGGCCCUGCCAGCAGAAGUAACAGCCCUGGGCAGCUCCAGUUCCGAGUCUCUGCCAUGGCUCCUCUUUACCUCCAGCUCUGGCUCUGCUGCCUGGUCCUUCCCAGCGUGUCCUCUCCUGUCCCUUGGAUGCUGCACCCUCGUGUGAGAUCUCCAGGACUGCCCUGCUGUGCCCUGCUCCUGGUGUUGGGGUGCCUUUGAUAAUGUCCUGCCACUUUUUACAUCUAAUAAAUGUUACAAUUGCUCAAA